UAGCGUCAGGGCUCGUUGACGUUAGCUGCUGUUUUGCAGUUUUGCACAACGACCGAGACAAAAAAAAAAAGCGAUAUGAAAACUGAUUCAGUCUACAGGUGUUAACUACACAUACCUGUUUUAACCGUGGGGAAUAAUCGUCACAACUACUAAGUACAAAAUGGAGCCUUCAGAUCCUGAGGGAAGCAGUGGAUUCUCCAAGCGGCGCAUUUCCUCGAUUUUAAAGGCGCCUCGUAAAUCGAUUAGGUUACCUGACCCAGAGCAACAGAAAAAUGUGGUGGAGUGUGCCAAACCUGUGGAAAAGAGAAAUUCAAGAAGAGUCAGUUUUGCCCCUGCGAACGAUGUUCUUCUGUUUUCAAAGGAUGUAAAAAAUGUCUCUCCUGCUCGAAGUCCUUUACAAGACUUAAUGACAACAGCAGCGGCAGACACACAAAAUAGGGUCCAGUAUGUUGUCACAGAAGAUGGGAUUCAACAAAUCACAGGAAUGGACACCCUGUUGAAUGCUCCUCUACAUACUCGACAAAGGGAUACGGUCAACUUUGAUGCUGGGCUUGGAUUUGGGGAGAAAACGGUGUUGUUUUCUACGGAUGAUGCACUCAUGGACAUGACCCACAGUCACACUAUAAACAUAGCCAGGGAUGAGGACUUACUUGCAGAUAUCUCCCUGCAAAACUACCAUAUUUUACCAACCGGAGGAGAGAAGACGGUGAUAUCUGUGAACGGUGGAUCCAUGGAUAUGACCGUAAAUCAUCCAGUUAACAUGCCAAGUGGCUCAGCAACUCUGCCCACCAGCAGAAACAUGGAUACAAGAGCAGAGAAGAAAAACACAUCAUCAGCUGUGCCUUCUGUGGAUCCUGAAUUUGAAAACUUCCUUGCAAAUCUCUCCAAGCCAAGUCGCCCCAUCGUAAACCCUGCAAUUACCAGAACAGCGCCUCCAGCUGGAGCAUCUUCUGGACAGUCGAACAUCUCCCUUUCCCGGAUCAACACACAGCAAUCUGAUGUGGAUAAAGAAAACCAAGUUCCUUCUUCUGUUUCAGCGGUUAUGGAGAAGACGUUAAAUAUGCCCAGUGUACUCUAUCCAGAGGAUGACGUGAGCAUGGAUAUGACGGGAGCUCAGACAGGCCGUAUUCAGGCUUUCACUGAUGAUGAUGAUGAUCCAUUCCAGUGCCUUUUUCCCUCACAAGAAAUGUACUCCCACCUUGACAACAGAGCGUCACAGACGACAGUGAAGAGUAAACAACAGCAGAGCAGGAAAACACUGCCAUCAUCCAACUCUACAGAUAUGACGUCCCUGAGGAAUUCUUCUCUACGUGCUUCUCUUCCAGGGCAACGGGUCAACCUUGACUCAAAAGAUGAACACAGAGAGAAAACCAUUGUGUUCACUGCAGGUGAUGACUUUAUGGACAUGACUCAGAGUCAGACUGUAAACAUCGCCAGUGGUUCAUUUCCCCCGCAGAAUAAAAAUGUGGUCGUGCUUCAGACUGGUAGAAAAGUAGACCAUUCUUUAUCACUGAAGGAGAGAAAAACUGACGGCUCGUCAACCAAUGGUGUGGACGUAGGACUUAAAAGCUUCCUAGCAAGUCUCUCCAAACCAAGCGGCGCCAGUGCCAACCCUGUGAACGCCAGGAUGGUUCCUCCUACGGCAGCAGCCUCCAAGAGCUUUGGAGAAACAUUUAGAGGAGAUGCAAUCCGUGGAAUGGAAGUUCAGACCAGCCCCAUCAUGGGACCGGUGGACUCAGAUGACCCUUUUCAAUUUCUUUUACCCACUAAAGACAUGCAGACGAACAGUGACAGUCUGCAUAGUGCAAAGAUGACCUCAGGACGGAAGAACAGUAAAGUACAAGGAUCGUUUAAUCAUGCAGGUAUGGGUACUUCAUUGGAGCCAUCUUUAAAGACAAAGGGUCAAAGAAAUCAGGUCAGAGUGGAUUUUGAAGAUGACGGCGGGGAGAAAACAGUGAGGUUUACUGCUGAUGAUGCAGCUAUGGAUGUGACAAGAAGUCACACAGUGAACAUUGCCAAUGAUGUUAUCCAGCAACCACACCAACAUGUGGACUAUUCACCUGCCUGUGGAGAGAAAACAGUAAGGUUCACUGCUAAUGAAGCAGCCAUGGAUGAGACAAGAAGCCACACUGUAAAUAUUGCAGCUAGUUUGGAACUGCACGAAAGAGUGGACUCCUUACCUAAUUGUGGAGAGAAGACAUUGAGGUUUACUGCAAAUGAUGCGGCCAUGGAUGAAACAAGAAGCCACACUGUAAAUAUUGCAGCUAGUUUGGAACCGCACAAAAGAGUGGACUCCUUACCUAAUUGUGGAGAGAAGACAUUGAGGUUUACUGCAAAUGAUGCGGCCAUGGAUGAAACAAGAAGCCACACUGUAAAUAUUGCAGCUAAUUUGCAACCAGAACAACAACAAAAAGCAGACUUCUUACCUACUUGUGGGGAGAAGACGUUGAGGUUUACUGCAGACGAUGCAGCUAUGGAUGUGACGAGAAGUCACACUGUAAAUAUCGCUGCCAAUCUGGAACCGUACCUUCAACAAAAAGUUGACCUCUUACGUUCUUCUGGAAAGAUGACACUGAGGUUGCCUGGUAAUGAAGCAGCAAUGAAUGUAAGAAGAAGCCACACAGUCAAUUUUGCCACCAAUUCAGAACCAGAACUCCAACAAAAAGUGGACAUCUUACCUUCUGAUGAGAAGACAUUGAGGUUCUCUGCGUAUGAUGCAGCCAUGGAUGUAACCAAGUGCCUCACUGUAAAUAUUUCCACCAAUGUGGAACCACAACUACAACAAAAAGUGGGCUUCUUACCGACUUCUGGAGAGAAUACAUUGCGGUUUGAAACUGAUGCAACCAUGGAUGUCACACAAUGCCACACAGCAAAUAUUGCCACCAGUUUUGAAGCACAGUCCCACCAAUAUGUGGAUGUUUUGCCAAAUUUUGGAGAGAAAACACUGACGUUUGCCGCAGACGAUGCAGCCAUGGAUGUAACCCAGUGCAUUACCGGAAAUAUUGCAAGCAUUUCACUUCCACAUCCAGUUCUUUUAAACAAAGAAUCCAACAUUGUUUCCACUCAGGAAAACAAGGACUUUAAGAGUAAUGAAAUUGAACCAUGUCAGCAGCGCAGAAAGAGUUCUCUAACAACACACACUUUGGAUCAAGGAUUUAAAAAGUCCCUGUCCAAAACCAGGGGCUCCUCAGCUUAUACUGACAUAACCAAGGUGGCCUCUCAAGAAACUGAGACCCCAGAUGGUUUCCCACACCAAUGCAAAACCCAGAAAAAUGAUGUGGAUACAGAAAUAGUGGCUUUUGAUUCAGUUACUAUUGAGAAGCAAGUAAAUGAAACCAUGAGAGAAGAAGAUGGAAACAUGGAUAUGACUGAGGCUCAAACAGGCAACAUUCUAAGACAAACAUGUACAGAUGAAUCACCUCCAGGCUUUUCAUCCACUCAGGACUUUAACCCUGACUCUGACCAUUUCAGGAAAACAGAAAUGACUUUGCAGACCAAUGACGCACCAGGAUCAUCCAACGCUGAUAGUGUGAACAUCACAAACCGUCCAACUCCUCUUGAUUCCAAUGAAAGUGACACAUGGAAAGAAGAUGAACCAAGAAAUCAAACUUGCUCUUUGUCAGAGAAGAUUGAAAGUUCGCCUGCUGCUAUUGACCAUGAUGUUGAUGCCGCGCCUUCACGAAAGUCUAGAAGGAGGAGCAUAGCUGAUCUUCAAUCAAAACUAAGACGUUUGAGCCAUUUGAUAAAUACAAAUCCUGAUGCUGUUACCAUGGAAAGCUCUACUGCCCCUUUGCCUUUGCCAGAGCACAGCUUGGAACAAAGCCCAAAAGACAAAACAAAAUCCCUUGAGGUUAUGGAGUCUGAACUGGAAUGUGAUCUGAUAAAUGCAGAUGAAAAUACACAAGCUCAGCGUCUUCUGCAAGAACAGCCCUCUUCUCCUGCUGCAACUCCAUUCAACCUGAAGACUAAACAACUCAUGUCAAGACUCUCAGUCGGAGGCUUUAAGGCGAAACUCCCCCAAAGAACCAAACCUGAUGAAUCAAAGAAGGUCAAUUCUGUUGAAGAGCAUACGAGGACAAUGACCGUAAAUGUCACUAAUCAACUGAGCAACUUCGACGCUGAUGUGAGUGACAUCAACGAUGAGGAACUUGGUAGCUGCGAAGACAUGUCAGAAAUGAUCGACACAAGGACUCCUCAGAAAGUCACCGAAAAAGGCAGUUUCUCUCAGAAGUCAAACAUGGAGGAACCUUUAGAGGAUGAUGUGUUCGAACAAGACUCCAUCAGUCCCGUCUGUGGAAACAAGCGACCUUUGCCAGUAGAUGAGAAUAAUGCGGAGGAGUAUGAGAAGAGGAUGAAAGCAUCCACUGAGACGCUCGCUGAUGUUGAAGAGGUAUAUCAGUCUCAUGUAGACGUAGCUGCAGAGAGUGACGGUAACAUGACUACAGCUCCAAGCAUGACAACACAGCACACGGAUUUCUCCAACAGCAGUCACACAGCCAGCAGAUGUGAAGCUACUUUUGAAUCAACUUUCAAACACAGCAUGUUUGAAUCACAGCUUGAAGACUACGCCAACGAUGUACAGAGGAAGUUCGAUGAUGGCUCCAUAACUGUGUUAGAGUUCUUCAAACUCUUCAACAUCGACUUUGUCAUCCAUAAUCCUCGGCAAAGUGUCCUCCCUGGCAGACUUUUGACAGACACAGAUCGCACACCGAUUGAUUUACUCAAAGACAGGCAUAUCAACCGUCCUAAACAGAGUGUGUACGAGACCAACGUCCUUGAACUAACAGGAAAAGUGGAAGAGUUGAAGGGGCGAAUGCGGGACCUGGACAAACCACUGCGGAUCGUUAAUGAAGCUUUAUGGGAAGCAAUGAGAAACGUUUCAGAGAAGGAGCUCAAAUCUUUUGGUGCCAAACUGAAAGAGAGAAACAACCUGUUCAGAAAGACGAGCAAAGCCAAGUCACAUGAGAUGAAGGAGGUCUUGUACUCGCAACUUGUGCAGGCAAAUCUGGAGGAGCAGCAGAAGCUGAGAGGACGGAUCGAGAAAGCAGACGAGAUGAUACAAAGUCUGGAUGACUGCAUUCAUGAGUUAGAAACAGAAAUGUCUGCAGUCGAAGAAAAGGGAACGGAAGACACACCAAGUUUGAGGUCAAUCCAGGAAGAGCUGCAGGUUGUCACUGACACGAUGGCAGAUAAAGACAGACUAAUAUCAGAGCUGGAGAUGCAGAACACGCAGAACUCAAGUAAACUGAACAGGCUGAUCGCUGAGACGAGGAACCUUGAGAGCCACGUGGACGCUCUGAAGACGUUGAAUGAAUGGAAGUUUGGAGAGAGGAGAGACGAUUAUACAGUCUUCACGUUUCUUCAUGACACCUUCCAUCUCGAGCUGCUGUAUGACAAAUCCAACGAAGAUGAAGCUCAAAAUCAAUCGGAGAGGAAGAUAUCCCACAUCGUGUUCAACCUUCACCUCGAUGAUGAGAAGUCCCAUGACCACGCUCGCCUCGUCCACAAACUGCUCUCUGGGUACAUCGAAGGAGAAGCUUCCUGGGUGGAGAAGUAUCCGACGAGCAAACACGUUCCAAAGCUGCUCCACGAUGUGAGUCACGUUGUGAGUCACUGUCGCCUGCUGGGGGAGGAGCUGCGUCUGCUCAAAAUGUGGGGGGGUCUGAGGCUUGAUAUUCUUGACAUCAGCUGUGUGGACACUCAAGUGCACAUUGUCUUCAGCAGUCUCAAGAAGUUUUCCAAGUUUGAGGUGAUCUUCUCCGUCAGCCUGAGCAACCAACUCUGUGUCCUUGGAGUGCAGAGCUUUAAAAACCUGAUCGGAAGCACGACGAUUGAACAGAUUGAAGAGAUUGUGGCAUCGUUCAGUCCAACCAGGAAACUCUUGACAAAGAUUGUCAAAAAGAUUCAUGAAAAUCUGCUCUGCUGAGACUAGGAUGUAAAAUAAAAAUGUUCAGGAAAAAAAAUCAAUAUAUUAAUGGGCUUUUAUUUUGAAAAAAAAAAAAAAGAUG